GGAAAAGGUGACAAUAUACACUCUCCUUCCUCCUGCAUUACACCGCAGUUGCACUGAGAACCUACAAGAAACCACACGUACCUAGAGCGAUGGCUUCUUCCAUCAGUUCCCAGGUUGAACAGUUCCUGUGUUCAAUAUGUCAGGACGUCUUCUCUGAACCGGUAACUAUUCCGUGUGGACACAACUUCUGCAUGGUAUGCAUCACUCAACACUGGGACAGCAGUAUGGGCACGAAAUGUCCCCUUUGCAAGACGAACUUUCACUUGAGACCAGAGCUUGGCAUCAACAGAGAAUUCAGAGAGCUCAUCAAAAGACCGAAGAGGGGAGAAAGUCCUUUUCAAGCUGGUGCAGUACCAUGUGAUGCGUGUACAAAAAUAAAGAGAGAAGCUUUGAAGUCUUGCCUGCAUUGUGAAGGAUCUUUCUGUAAAACUCAUCUAGAGCCUCAUAACACUGUAGCAAAACUGAAGAAACACAAACUUAUCAACCCUGUGGACAAUCUGGAAGAUUAUAUAUGCCCGAAGCAUGAGAGGCCGCUGGAGCUUUUCUGCAGAGAUGAUCAGAAGUGUGUGUGCCUGUCGUGUAUAACGAAAGAUCACAAAACCCACAAGACUGUUCCUGUAGAGGAAGAGGGUGAAAAACGGAAGUCUCAGUUUGGAAAACAAGCUGAGGUUAAUUUGAUGAUUCAGAGCAGAAUGAAGAAAAUUGAAGAUAUCAAAUGCUCAGUACAGCUCAGCAAGCAAAGCUCAGAAAAAGAAAAAGCAGACAUUGUUGAGCUGUUCAAUGAUCUGAUGGAUUCAAUUGAGAGAUGUCAGUCUGAGCUACUGGAGGUAAUGGAGCAGAAGCAGAAAGCAGCAGAAACACAGGCUGAAGAUCUGAUUAAAGAGCUUACGCAGGAAAUUACUGAGCUGAAGAGGAGAGACGCUGAGCUGGAGCAGCUCUCACACACUGAAGAUCACCUGCACCUCCUACAGGUUUAUCCAUCCCUGUGCAGGCCUUUAGGCACCAAGAUUUGGGCUGGGAUCAGUACUGACACUCAUCUGGAGGAGGACGCUGUGCGGAGAGCCCUGACAAAGCAUCAAGAAUUCCUUAACUGUGUAAUAGUGAAGGUUACAGAAACCGAGCUACAGAGGAUUGAAAAGUUUACAGUGAAUGUGACUAUGGAUCCUGAAACGGCUCAUCCUAAACUCUUCUUGUCUGAGGAUGACAAACAAGUUGGAUAUGGAGAAACACGACAGAUUGUCCCGGAUAAUCCAUGUAGGUUUGAUACAUGUCCCAGCAUCCUCGGGAAGGAGGGAUUCUCCUCUGGGAAAUUUUAUUUUGAGGUGCAGGUGAAAGGGAAAACUGAGUGGGAUGUAGGUGUGGCGAGAGAGUCUGUUAACAGGAAGGGAAUCAUUACUCUCAGUCCAAGAAAUGGACUCUGGACUCUGUGGUUGAGAAAUGGAAGUGAGUAUAAGGCCUGUGAUUGUCUGUCUGUCUCUCUGUGUCUGAAAAUCAAGCCCCAGAAGGUGGGUGUGUAUGUAGAUUAUGAGGAAGGUCUGGUCUCAUUUUAUGAUGUGGAGUCCAGGUGUCACAUCUACUCUUUCACUGGUCAGGCUUUCACAGAGAAACUCUAUCCAUAUUUCAGCCCAGGCUUUACUCAUGGUGAUAAGAAUUCAUCUCCACUGAUCAUUUUACCUGUCUGUAAUUAAAAUAAAAUAAAUAAAUCAAUGAAGAAA